GCCAGUAGCCACUGUCCACGAUGGCGAUGGCACCCACCUUAUCAUUAUUCUGGGAUUCACAAGUCACCACUAAAGAGUGGAGUGUGCUCUUUCUCUCUCUCUACACUAGGGCCCAAGCUCCGAAGAGGCCAGAGGGCAUAUGCUUUACAUGGAUCCUUUUGGAUCCUUCUCUGCUGUAGUCUCUCUCUCGCUUCCCCAUUUCCACCCAAACCCAUCGGUAAACCACCCGAAGCACAGAAACUUGUGUUGAGAUUUGAGAAAGCGCAACACCCAGAAAGAUAACAAGAGAAACUCAACAACAGACAGAGGGAAGAAGAAGAUUUAAACCCCGUCAAUGGCUUCUGCUACAACAAGACCGACCUUCUCGUUCCACCUCCACUCUUCACACACUCAUCCAUCGCGCACGAGGCCAAAAACCCUUGUCAGCAUUCCCACUUUCCACUCCCAGAAAUUCCUCAUUUCGCCCAUUUACAGUCUUCCAAGACUGCAAUUCACUUCAAAAUCCGUGGACGUCUCCAAAGAAGACGCACCCAUUUCUGGAGAACCGGAUUUAACGUCUCCAAUUUCUGGAGAACCAGAUUUAACGUCUCCAGUUCCAGAGACGAAGAAAUUUGAUAAGCGUCGUCUCGAAGAGAAGUUCGCAGUAUUAAACACCGGUGUCUAUGAGUGUCGCUCUUGUGGUCAUCGGUACGAUGAGGCAGUCGGUGACCCAUCUUACCCAAUCCCUCCGGGACUGCAAUUCGAUAAAUUGCCCGAGGACUGGAGGUGCCCGACCUGCGGGGCGGCUCAGUCGUUCUUCGUAAGCAAAAGUGUGGAGAUAGCCGGUUUUGCUGAAAAUCAGCAGUUUGGGCUCGGUGGGAAUGCACUCACGUCUGGCCAGAAGACGGUGCUUAUAUAUGGGAGCCUCCUCUUCUUCUUUGUCCUUUUCCUUUCUGGUUAUUUUCUGCAAUAAUCGCAAUUAAGGGGAAACAAUAGUUUAAAGGAGAUUCACUGUCAAUUGUUCGAUGCGGUUGGAACUGCCUCUGUGGCUGUUCAUAUGGUGUCUGAUUGUAGAGCUCUUGUUCUACAAUUGAAUUCAAUAUUCAAGCUAGUCACACCUUGGAGAUGGAAAUGCUGCAACUCACAUCUUUUGCAGUUGUGUUUGAUGAUUUCAUUUAGGGUACAUAGGGCUUUGUUGUGGCUGAUGGUAUUGCAUCCGGCAUCUCUUCAGAGAUGGUAUGUAAUGGUUAGAUAGCUUCAAAGAUAUGUUGGAAUGUUUUGCACUUGAUUAAAUUGCAUCUAUCAUCUCUUUGUAGAUAUUAUGUAAUAGUUUAUUACUGAUGUGAAUGGAAUUGCCUUUGCCUUUAAC